AUGGCAUCGGAGUCGCGAAGAAGAGGAGAGGGAUCGAGGUGGAGAGGAUCAAGUCGAUACAGCAGGAGAGCACUGGGCGGCAGCAACAAGCAGAAGCAGGAGAAGAGAAGUAGUAGAAUAGGGGUGGAGCACAUAGCAUCUAGAGAGAUGAAGAUAAAGAAGAAGGGAUCCAACCAUCAGGUCACACUUACCAACGACGGGAAGGGAGUGCGAUUCAGCUGCGGCGGUGGAGGAGGAGGACUUGCUAUCUGCCCAGAACCCGUAAUGGAAGCUGGGCAAACUUUCUUCGAGCUUGAACUGGAAUGCCUCCAGCUUUCCUUGUACGGGGGAGUGAACAGCAUAGGACUGAUCCGAUAUCAGCAGAGGUCAAGGUUCGCUGAGCAGAGUGGAAAGAGUAGUCUGCUGCCAGAGCCAACCAACUUCGGGGAGGACGAGGCCGCUCACUGGCUGGGGUCGUUCAAGGACAGUUGGGGCAUGACGAUGGAUGGAUGUGUCUACGGCGACGGGAAGCUCUUGAGUCAAGGCAAGCUGGCCAGUGCGAUCAAGGUCGGAGAUAGGAUAGGGAUAUCUCUAGAUACUGAAAAAGGGGACCCUCUGCUGCUGGAAUCAGGAGCAGAAGACAUCUCAUCGAUCGGAUUCAUGUCGGUUCACUUCACACACAAUGGGGCUAUCAUCCCGGGGAGUUCCUUCCGGAAGAUACCGAGGAACGAGGAGAUCAACAUCUGCCGAUUCUCAUCCCUCGAAGUCAGGGCUAUCGAGAACUCCGAGAGGCAUGAGAUGGCAGCAUGUCGAGCCCUUUCCGAGGCCAACUACGACGAGGCUCUUCGACAGAUUGCGCAAGCGCUGGCUGAGUGCGGUGAUGGAGGCAGCAUCGGCAUGGAGAGGAUAGAAGACUUGAAGCGGCAAGAGCGUGAGAUCCAGAAAGCAAAGGACAACACGGACGACAUCGCCAGGGCAGACGACUUGUAUGAGGCGGCGAUGGUGUCGAUCGACGAAUCGAACUUCGUGGAGGCAUCUGAAUUGCUUCAUGAGGCGAGGAAGAUCUAUAUUGCCGUGGGCCCACCAGCAGCCGACAAGCUGCGGCAGCUGAGAAUGCUUCUUGCAACCACUGUGAGAAGCUUGAGGAAAUAG